AUGUUAGCUUAUAGCAGUUCGAAAGGCUCAAUUCGCCUGAUUGAUCUGCGCCAAUCAGCUCUAUGUGAUUCACAUUCCAAAUUAAACAUCCUUACCAACACAAGAGAUAAGUGUCGAGCAGCAAAGGCUAACACUGCUCAUUUCUGCAGGUUUAAGGAACCAGAGGCAGCAGUGUCAGACAUCAAAUUUGCGAAAGAAGGAAGAUAUCUCCUUAGCCGUGACUACAUGACACUUAAGUUAUGGGACAUCAACAUGGAUUCAGGUCCGGUCUCAACUUUCCAGGUUCAUGAAUAUCUGAAACCAAAGCUCUGUGAUUUAUAUGAAAAUGAUUCCAUCUUUGACAAGUUCGAGUGUUGUAUAAGUGGCAAUGGACUGCGAGCGGCUACAGGUUCUUACAGCAAUCUAUUCCGUGUUUUCGGUGUUUCCCCGGGAAGUACUGAGACUGCAACCUUAGAAGCAAGCAGAAAUCCGAUGAGGAGACAUGUCCCAGUUCCCUCGAGGCCAUCUAGACUAGGCAGUAUAGCGCGUGUUGUAGGUAGAGCAAGAUCAGAGAGUCAUGGAGUCGAUGGGAAUAGCAAUGCUUUUGAUUACAAAACAAAGUUGCUGCAUCUUGCUUGGCAUCCAAAUGAGAACUCAAUUGCUUGCGCCGCUGGAAAUAGCUUGUACAUGUACUAUGCUUAG